UAUGGAUCCAUUUUAUGAGGAUUACACUCCAACAACAAACAAUAAAGAUGUAAUAGAUAAAGAGUAUGAAAUUAGAUUAAAAUAUAUCGAAAUGGAGAUUCAAAUUUAUGUUGCACGAUUACAAUAAGAGAUAAUACUAAAUUUCAUGAAAUACGUAAAACACUGCAAUAAAAAUGGGACACUUAUUUUAAUCGCCUUCGUUUAUUCAAUUAGGAAGGCGUAGAGAUAACAGAGGACGAUAUUGAUUAUAUAAAAAAUGGAACUGUGUUGUUUGCUUCUAAGGGUAUGAAUUAAAGUAACUAUAUUAAAAGGUGAAGAAUUCGAUGAGAGUUUUUAAUUAGCAGAAUAUGAACAACUUCAAGACAUUGGAGAAGGGGGAUUUGGUAAGGUUGUCUUAGGUAGACACAAACAAACAGGAGAGAAAGUAGCAAUCAAAAUGGUGAAAUAAACAUUGACUAAUGCUUAAGUAAUAACUAAUUAAAAAUGUAGGAUGUCGAUAUGAUAUUUAGAGAGGCUAGAGCUCUUAAGUCUUUAAAGCAUGAUAACAUUGUCAAGAUUUAUAAUGCAUUCUUUUUACAAAAUUUGUAAACGGUGUAUAUAAUGGAAUAUUUGGAAGGUGGUGAAUUGUUGUAAUAUUUAUAAACAAAAGGGAAAUUCGAGGAGAAUGAAGCAAGACAUUAUUUCAAAUAGCUAGUUAGUGCAAUUUCAUAUUGUCACUAAAAGAAGAUUAUUCAUAGAGAUUUAAAAUUAGAAAAUCUGUUGUUAACUAGUAAAGAUUCAGGUGUAAUUAAAUGUAUCGAUUUCGGUAUCUCUGGAUUUGCUUCAAAUGAUAAUCCUGAAAAUGCAGACGCAGGAAGUCUUCGAUAUAUGGCUCCAGAACUAUUGAAAGGUAUUAGAAUAAUUGAUCCAUUUAGGAUUGGAUAAAGCAGUUUCUCCUCUAGUGGAUGUUUGGUCAAUGGGCAUAAUUCUAUAUGGAAUGUUAUUCGGAACCUUACCAUUUACUGGCAACACCAAUAAGGAAAUUAUCGCUUAAAUCUCAGAAGGUCGAGUUAUGAUCCCAACAGAUUUUAACAACAAAUUGUCCCAAAAUUGUUAAGACUGUCUUUAUCGUGCUUUAGAACCAGAUCCAAAAAAGAGAAUAACCUCAAUUGAAUUAUUAAAUCACCCGUUUGUGACAAAUGAAAAUACUCUCAGCACAAAUUCGAAUAGUACAAAUAAGUAAUUAAUGUAUUCUAAAUAUUAAGGCCCAAAAUUUAAAAUUAAUUAUAGCAAAUCGAUGAAGAUGAAAUUCCUGUUCAAAAAUAAAUGUAAUCGGCAACUAAUAAAAAGUAAAAUCUUCAAUUUUCUAAACAACAUCCUUAAAGUUCGAGAUAAUUGACUCAGGCUCAAAAGAAAACUCCUUAAUAAUCCCCUUUAUUAUAAAAACAAUCAUAAUCAGUUGGUUAGACAACAAAGAUGACUAAGUUUAGUAAAAAAUGA